AUGUCAAAUAAAUUGUCAAAUAGAUGGAACUUUAACUUUCAAGGUUGGGGCAGACAUCGAACGGGGCGGAACCGUGAAGCACUGAUCAUCAAACCACGGGAUUGGGGAUGUGAUUUAUUUAUUUUUAAAACUUUCUGUGUGAAUAAACUGGGUAUCAUUUCAAAUUUAACAGUGUCAGAGCGAUGGCCGAGACGAGUGAAGCGCGGGCGAGUGCGUCAGCGCCGGGUGGUGACGCUGGCGGUGAAGAAGACAAACACGAUGAACGUAUGUUGGAGUGCAACAUCUGCCUUGACACGGCUCGCGACGCCGUCGUCAGCAUGUGUGGACACCUAUUCUGGUAUGGCACCUCAAUGA